AUGGGCAGCCGUUUGGAAAAGAACUCGGAGGCUGUGCGGAAACGCAUCGCUGGCCAUGAGUUCAACGGCGAAGAUGGCGAGGAGUACGAAGAGAGCGAGUUUGGGGGGUUCGGCGAUUACUUCAGGAGGAAGAAAAUGAAGCUGCAAAACCUCGAUGUCGAACUGCGCGCAGCUAGCGGAGACAAACCCCAAAUAUUCAAGGGGAUCGUGGCCCAUGUUACCGGUUAUACCCAACCUCCCCUCCAAGUCCUUCACAAGGAGCUUGUCCAGCAUGGCGCCGCCUUUCUGCAAUACUUGGAUUCCAAGACCAUGGCAACCCACAUCAUCGCCUCGGCCAUGCCACCGAAAAAGAAGGCCGAGUUUGCCAGCUAUCGCGUUGUCAAGCCCGCUUGGGUGAUGGACUCGAUCAAAGCUGGGAAACUGCUCCCCUGGUCAGACUACCGUGUCAUUGAUGAUGGUCCGAGGCAGAAGAUGAUCAAAUUCGGCCAGGGGAAGAUGCUCAGUCAAACGACCCAGCAGUCCCCGCUAGGCUACCGCGAGCAGACCCAGGACAGCUUUUACACGAGCCAGUUUUCAAAGCCCGCAGACCGCCUACCGCCCCAAGGUUCCAGCAAUAAGCAGCCGCCACAAUCGGAGGAGAAACCUCUGCAGGUCAAGCUACCUGGGCCUGACGAGGAACCAGAUUCGCCGCAACGACAGAAAACCCCUGGGAAACCAAUGACCUCGGAAGAGCACAACGCCCUGCUCCUCCAGGAUCCCAAGAUUCGAAAAUCAUCCACUGCGAACCCUGACUUCUUGAAACAGUACUACUCUCACAGCCGUCUGCACCACUUGUCUGCCUGGAAAGCUCAACUGAAGUCGCGCAUGAUGAGUGUGACGGCAGAGAGAGGCCGGGCGAUCAAACCGAUGAAGCGCAAAAGCGGCACGCGUCGAUAUAUCAUGCAUGUCGACUUUGACAGCUUCUUCUGCGCAGUUUCUCUCAACCGGCAUGCCCCUGACCAUCGUGACAAGCCGACCGUGGUGGCUCACAGCACGGGCAGCGGAUCCGAGAUUGCCUCCUGCAACUACCCCGCCCGAAAGUUCGGCGUCAAGAACGGCAUGUGGAUGAAGCGUGCUCAAGAACUCUACCCCGACAUCAAGGUAGUACCGUACGACUUUCCGGCCUACGAAGAAGCGAGCAAGCUGUUCUAUGAUGCCAUUCUUGACGUCGGAGGUGUUGUUCAGAGCGUCAGUAUCGACGAGGCUCUUGUCGACAUCACCGAUAUCAUACUCUCUGCCGCAGGGUCCAGCGGCGUGGGCAUCAGUGAAGGCAGCAUCUGGCAGGAGCAAGAGAAGGCCGACGAAAUUGCAACCAAUCUCCGAGCAGAGAUUAAAAGGAAAACAGACUGCCAUGUCUCGGUAGGAAUCGGCGGCAACAUCCUGCUCGCCAAGGUUGCCUUGCGAAAGGCAAAACCUGCUGGCCAGUACCAGGUACGCCCGGAGGAGGUCUUGGAUAUUCUCGCCCCCCUCAAGGUUGAGGACCUCCCGGGCGUAGCCUACAGCAUUGGCGGAAAGCUGGAAGAGAUUGACGUCAAAUUUGUAAGCGAUUUACGCCAGACAUCCAAAGAGCGCCUAGUGUCCAUCCUAGGGCCGAAAACGGGUGAGAAGUUGUGGGAGUAUGCCCGGGGUAUUGACCGCGCAGAGGUUGGAGAGCAGCCUAUUCGCAAGUCUGUGUCGGCUGAUGUGAACUGGGGGAUCCGGUUCGUAAGCCAGGCGGAAGCCGAAGAGUUCGUCCACAACUUGUGCAAGGAGCUUGAGCGCCGUCUUCUGAACGAGGGUGUCAAGGGGAAGAAUUUGACCAUGAAGAUCAUGAGACGCGCCCUCGAUACGCCCCUAGACCCAGCCAAACACCUCGGGCACGGUAAAUGCGACACAUUCACGAAGAGUGUCACUUUCGGCGUAGCUACGAACGACAGCGGCGUCAUCGCGAAGGAGUCGGUUGCAAUUCUUCGUUCCUACAAGUUCAGCCCUGGUGAUCUCAGGGGUCUAGGGGUGCAGAUGACCAAGCUGGAACCCAUCAAGCCCUCAAGCGUUCCCGAGGGAAGCCAAAAAAAACUCAACUUUAGCGCCGCAGCCCCUCCCACAAAAAGGCCCCAAACGGAGCCAGUCCAUGACGAGGACUGCGCAGGAAAACCGAGUCGCCGUCUUUCCGGGCGGGAGGUGGAGGAGGACCCCAUCGCCGACGACCCCUUAACACCGCGAAAACCCAAAGCCCACCCAGCGCUGGCCCUCGCCCGGGCCAACGCCGCCGACGAGAAAGCCAACUCACCUCUCAACCUGGCCGGCACGCAAUUCAUCAUCCCCUCCAACGUCGACCCCACCGCCCUCGCCGAACUGCCCCACGACAUUCGCACCAAGCUGAUGCAGCAGCAGCAGCAAGCCAAACGCCCACCACCACCAUCCCGCGCCCCAACCCCAGCCACCUCCCGCUCAGCAUCCCCCAGCCGCCCCCUCCACUCCCACUCCCACAGCCCCGCCAUCCUCCCCGACGACAUCCCCUCAGACAUCGACCGCGAGGUCUUUGACGCCCUCCCAGCGGACAUGCAAGUCGAGGUACUCGCCUCGUACGGGGCGGCAGCGGCGCGGAACAAGAAAAAUCAGCCACACCAACCCAUCGGCGGCAGUGGUAGCAGUAUCGGCGGUGCACAAACCCGCCUCCCCCAAUCCCCACGCAAAGACAGGAUCAUCCACCGACCACGCGAGCGCGCCACACCCACCAAACGCGGCGGCGGGAUUAAGUCGCUAUUCGGUCGUGCGCGCGAGCGCGAGCGCCAGCAGGACGCGGGCGCGGGGCUGCUGCAGACGAGUCUGGCGCCGGCCGCGCGCGAUUCGGGUCUAGGGGCGGGGGAGCUGGACCCGGCGUUCCUGGCCGAACUGCCGGAAGAUGUGCGCCGCGAGGUGAUCGAGGACCAUCAUCGGCGGCGGCGGUUGGGGCGCGGGGCGGGCGCGGGGACUGGGUUGGGGUUGGCGCUGGCGUAUCAUGCGCCGGCGCGACGCGGUGAUGCGGGUGGUGGUGGGGGUGAUGCCCCCCGGGGCCAGACGCGUCUCAAGUUCCCUGCGAAACCGCGGCGGGUGGCGUUUGCGCGGUCCGGGCUGACGUCGCUCGGAGAGGUGAAGGAGAUGGUGGGGGUGUGGUAUGAGGAGACGAGGGAGGAGGGGCCGCACCGCGCGGAUGUCGAGGUGUUUGAGCGCUAUGUGGCGAGGGUGGUGGCGGAGGAGAGGGAUAUGGAGAAGGCGAGGGUGUUGGUGAAGUGGUUGGAGUGGUUGGUUGAGGAGGGUGGGGAGGGGUUUGGCAAGGAGAGUUGGAGGGAGGCGGUCGUGGCGGUUAAGAGUGCGGUUCAGGCCGCGAUGGGGGAACGUGGGUUGGGGGUGAUGGAUUUUGGGUAG